AUCGCCAUGUGGGUCGCACGUCGUCACCGGGCCUUCCAGAUUGUUGAGGACCCGGAGUUUCCUGAGAUCGUGCGUAUGCUCUACCAGAAGGCUCAGUUGCCUUCUCGGGUCACUGUCUCGCACGACGUCCAUGACAUCCAUGAGAUGUCAAAGGACAAUGUCCUCAAACUUUUCAAGAACCUUCCUGGCAAGAUACAUAUUGGCGUAGACGGGUGGACCUCACCUAAU